AUGCGGGGCCGCCCGCGAUCCCCGCGGGUGGGAGGGGAGCGGCGGGUGCAGGGGCGGCGGGCGCGGGGCAGGCGGAGCGCGGCCGCGAUGGCGCAGCGCGGCGAGAAGGGGUCGGCGGGCGAGGGCGAGGGCGAGCCGCGGGACGGCGACCGGCGGGCUCCCGCCGCAGCCUUCCAGCCCCCCGAGGGAGGCUUCGGCUGGGUGGUGGUCUUCGCCGCCGCCUGGUGCAACGGCUCCAUCUUCGGCAUCCACAACUCCUUCGGCAUCCUCUACAUGAUGCUGCAGAGCGACCUGGGCGAGGGCACGGCGGACCCCGCGCUCGAGUUCAAAACAGCAUGGGUCGGCUCCUUGGCCAUGGGCAUGAUUUUUUUCUGCUCUCCAAUCGUCAGCAUCUUCACUGACCGGAUCGGCUGCAGGACCACGGCAGCUUCAGGAGCUACCAUCGCUUUCCUUGGUCUCCUCUCCAGCUCCUUCACCAAGUCUCUGGAAGUUCGUUAUUUCACAUAUGGGAUUCUCUUUGGCUGUGGCAGCUCCUUCGCCUUCCAACCCUCGCUGGUCAUCCUUGGUCACUACUUCAAGCGCCGCCUUGGCUUGGCCAACGGCAUCGUGGCCGGUGGCAGCUGCCUCAUCUCUGUGCCACUCCCCUUCUUCCUGAAGAUGGUCGGGAAGGCCAUCGGGCUGGCGCAUACUUUCCAAGUACUCAGUGCCUUAAUGUUCAUCCAGAUAUUCUUGUCCCUGACCUAUCGGCCCAUCUUGCCACCUUCUUGUGACUCUCAGCACGAUGGGCAGGACAAGCUGGGCAGCCGGAGCAUGCGGCAGCAGUGCUGGUCCCAGACGCGCAAGUAUUUCAACUUGAGGGUUUUCCGAAGAAAGACCUAUCGGAUUUGGGCCUUUGGAAUUGCUACUGCUGUCCUGGGAUAUCUUGUACCUUACAUGAACCUGGUAAAAUACGUGGAAAAGCGAUUUCAAGAAACCAAGAAGGACUGGAUCCUCCUGGUUUGCCUCGGAGCCAUGUCAGGGCUGGGACGCUUGGUUUCAGGCCGCAUUGGGGACUGCAUUCCUGGGCUGAAAAAGAUUUACCUACAGGUUGCAUCCUUCGUGCUGUUGGGCAUCCUGUGCAUGAUGAUCCCCCAGUGCCGAGGGUUCGAGGGCGUCAUUGUCAUCUGCCUCUUCCUUGGCCUUUGCGAUGGCUUCUUCACCACCAUCAUGGCCCCUAUCGCCUUCGAGCUGGUGGGGCCCAUGCAGGCGUCCCAGGCCAUAGGGUACCUCAUGGGGCUGAUGGCCUUGCCCAUGACCGCAGGCACGCCAAUAGCAGGAUACCUCAAUGAUUAUUUUGGGAAUUAUGAUGCCGCCUUUUAUUUUGCCGGAGUUCCCCCCAUCAUUGGCGGCUUGGUGCUCUCCGUUGUCCCACUGAUCCAUCAGAGGAUGCUGAAGAAGCAGCGCCUGGAUUCUGGCAAAGACAAGAUGCUGGCCUCGGAGGCAGUGGUGAACGGGGAGCUGCUGCCGGGCUGCCCAGCCUCCGAAGCAAACGUGUAACGCCUCGCCAACACUCGCUGUCGCCACCAGCAGCCCCUCCACAGCCCAAGCACAGGCCUUUUCUACACGGAUGGACCGUAAUUCUCAAUGAUCGCCGAUGCACUACGUGUGUAAAGGAAAAAACCCAAAAAGUUCUUCUAGUUAAAAGCUAUUAACUAGCAGAAAUGCUCUUUUUCGGGGGGACAGUUUUGAUUUCAAAGUCGCCUUUUUUUUGUCCUCUAAACAUUUUUUCUAAGGAGAACUCUCACCAGGAUUCAAACUUGAUCAAUCUCCCACUGUGCUCCCCAGUUUUCUACAUGUCACAACAGAGGUUUACAGCUAAUAAAUGCCUUUUUAAAGCAGGCCACAGAGGGAGCUUGUUGAACCUUGCAGCUGUCCAGCCUUCUCCUCUGGUCCCACUUGGGUGUCAUGUCCAAGCGAGACAGCCCCCUUCCCGUCCAGCGCCAGAGGCUGGUUUGGAGCCAGCAGAUCUGAAGGAGGAAACGCUGCUUUAGUCUGAUGCACAAACCAAAUAAAUGGUCAGCGAGUCCCACUUUAAUCUUCUCUCCGCCUUUUCGGGUGCUCUUCCGCAGACCUGGGGAGCUGCAGCUGGAAUGAUGCAGAGCUUGGCUGGCUCCAGUCCUGCCACCCUCAUCAAACGGAGCCACACAGGAGCACCUCCUUCCUGCAAAAUAUGCCUUAAAAACAUGUGGACAAGACCAGCAGCUCCCUCAGCCACUUUCCACCUCCCAUUUUCUCACUCAGCAACUAAUCAUUGAGCUUUUGAGGUGCAAAAGAGAGAGGCAGCUCCCAGUGCAGCCCACAGCUCUACAAGGGGAAAACCAUGAGCAAGCUGCUGAGAAGGGCACUUGGGAGGCAUCAAGGCAUGCAGAGGUGGGACAAAGCCCCAGGUGUCACCGGUCUGCUCUGUGCCAAGAGGCAGCUUCCCUGCACCCAGGAAUGUUGGGGUGCAGCUGGCUUGGGGCAGAGUUGUGUGUUAUGCUGCAAUAUCCAUGAGUCAGUAUUGGCAGGGGAAACCUAGUGUUCCCAAAGGAUUUAAAAGCCCCAACAGCGUUUAACUCGUAGCCCGUGUGUUGCCAUGCAGAGCCGAUGCGGGGUCGGUGUUGGCCUUAGGGGAAGAGAGCUCAAGCAAAUAGCAUAGCCCCUGGGUACCCACCACACAGAGCGAAGGCAGAGCUCAGCCUUGUGUAGAAACUCAUCACCUCCGGGCACUGCCGAUGAGCGUGGCACAGAGCAAGGGAAGUCCUCCUGCCCCGGUGGGUCCUGUGAACGAGAUGCUGGCUGGGACCAGGGUACCUCUUCCUGGGAAUAAUAACUCAGGAGAGAGCAAGAAACAAAGCUCGUUUUUAUCCUAGCUGCAAAAUCAUUAAUUUUUCCUUUUAUUCAUCUGCCAGUAAAAAAUGAGAAGCCUAAAGAGGGAUGUGCGCUGUGGGAAUCAUCCCUCGGUCCCAGGCGAGAGCAGGGGUUUGUAACACUAAGGCAAAUCUUUGCUGUGGAAAGUUGGUUUCUGUGGAGGACCCCUCCUGUGGGCAGCGAUGGGAGCUCUGUAUAUAGGUGCAGGAGCCGGCAUGCUUCUCUGGCCCUGUUUUUAAUCCAUGUUGAUUAAUGCAUUUUAAGGUCUUGUGGCCCUUUUGUCCCUGUAUGACCUGGAAAAUUAACUGGUGUGUUGUGACGUGUCCGUUUAUGACUAUAAAAUGAGAAGUCCGUUUGUCUCUUUCUUCAAUA